UAAUGCUGACUUCCUCGCAGGUCCCGGAGGAGGCUCCGUGUGACGAAUGCCGCAGCUCGCGGCUGCUGCCGGCGCUUCUGGCCGAGGCAAGGUCGCAGCCGGCCGACUGCGGCAACGCCUCAUCACCGCCAUCCUGGCUUCUGCGCGACAAGCUUGCAAUAGGUCAGGCUGUCUUCCAACGCUACUUCCUGAGCAUCUUCGUGAGCAAUUUGGUCGGCCUGCUUUGCCUACUCACCGUAGAGACCAUCGUGAGGGUGCUGGCCUUCACAGGUCGUUCUUCCAAGCCAUCCACUUCGUACAAGCGAUACUUGAGCACGAUAAACCAUCUCAAGCAGUGGUAUUCUUCAGAUGUCUUUCUUAAAGACUCAAGACAACUGUGA